AUGGCAACCAUCUACAAAAGAUUACAGCAGCAAAACAACAUUCAGUCAUCAGACCAUCCUCCCUUGUCUCCAACAAUCCUCGAACCCUCCCACAAAAUCUCGGGGUGCGACCCUCCCUCCUCCGCUCCAAGACCAACGAAGACCAAAAUGCCGAUCCAAACAAACGCCACGAUGAACGAAUUCUUCCGACCACCUCCACCUCCACCCCCGCCAUUCCCGCCCCGCUCCAUCUCCCUCCCUCCCUUCCCUCCCAUAUUCUCCACCCCGCCAAGCCAAACACCAGAACUCAGGACCCUUGACGAAAACCACGAAUAUUCCUCUCUUGUCAACCAAUACCUAUCCCCGAUCGUUGAGCGAGACGCCCAAAUCCGUGCCUUGAGUGGCCAGCUUCGCAGCCAGCAAUCCAUUUCUACAAAGCAAGAGGAGAAGUUGGAGCGUUUGAAGGUGAUACUAGAGGGAAAGGGCCGGGAGCUGGACGAGAAAGAGAGGGACUUGAAGCAAAGUCAAGAGGUAAAUAGGGAGCAUAGAGUGGAGUUUGGGAAGUUGAGAGCGGAUUUUUGGAUGAAAGAGAGGGGGUUUGACGGCUUGAAAGGCACGGUUGAGAGGUUGGAGAGGGAGAAGGUUGAGCUGAACGUGAGCGCGGGUGAGCCGUUUGCGAAGAGGAUUGUGGAGUUGGAGGUUGAGAAUAAGGAAGCCAAGGGGAGGAUUGAGGUGUUGGAGAGGAAGGAGGAGUCUUUGGAAAAAGAGGUUAAGGAGGUCAGGGAGGGGUUGACGAAGCGGGAUAGAGAUAUCGAAAUAUUGAAGAAGGAGAAGAAGGAGUACACAACUGAGAAGGGAAAAUUGGUCGAGGAGAGGGAUGAAGCACAAGAGGAGGAGGUGGCACUUUUGAGGAAGAUACAAGGAUUGGAGAUUGCGAAGCAGAAAUUGGAUGAGCUGAUUGCUCAGCAGCAAGGCACGAUGGCGGAAAGGCAGCGCGAGAUCGACCGGCUGGAGUGUGAUGUCCUCCGGGUCAAGGUUGAGAGGGACAACUAUAUAGACAAGGCACACGGUUUUGAGAAGGAGAAGGAGGAGAUGGAGUGCAGAAUCAAUAAGCUGGAGGGGAAGAUCAGUCAGAUGAUUCAUAUUGGUACCUCAGACGGGGUGGACGAGGAGGGACCUUCUGCCAAGAGACCGAGAACUCCUCAGAGUGCACAGAGGGACAGUAUUCCCAGUGGGCCAAGGGCAAUGGUGGGAGGAUCUCCUGAUACACCAAAGAGUCUGUCCAUGUCUUCGCCGACUGAUGGGAGGAAUUCACGGCUUCCGGGAAACGAGGUUGAGAAAGAGUAG